UAAUCCUUUAAAGUUUAUUUUUUAAUAAGCUGUUUGAAAAAAAAACUUCUCCACUUUCGAAAUAUUUUGUAGAAAAUGUAAUUGUUCUGUUCAUAAUGGUUUACAGCAACUAUAAAAUUUUCCAGAGAAAUAUAUUGUAUUCGUAGCUGGACAACUUAUGCUGGCAAAAACGUUUUCACGAAGAGCGAUGGUUUAACAAUUAUUGAAAACUGCGCUUGCAUUAUUAAGACUAAUUAACAUAUUUCAUAAAGUCAUAAAGUCACCGAAAUAAUGUCAUAUGAAGCAUUCUUAUUGUUUUUAAUAAAAUAUGGUUCGUUUUCAAAUAACGCUGAAGGGUAUUGGUAACAACUUGUACCUUAAACAUUGUAACGACAUCUAUAUGUGUGUAUGUACAUGUGCAUGUUACCAAGUCAACGAAAGGUCAUAACUGAAACACUCCAUAUGCGCAUGUAGAAUUCAACAAAAUAACAAAUGAAAAUUCAGAACACACAUAACUGUGAAACGCAAUCCAUUUCGCGGAAAAUUGUAUAUAAAUAAAAAUUAUAAUUUAAUAAUAAGAUAUUUAAAAGCAAUGGGAGAACUGGACAUAGCUGUGAUAAAAUUGACCCAACAAACACUAGGCAAAUAUCUGAAGAAACCACCCUUAACGGAGAAGUUGCUAACAAAGCCACCUUUUCGCUUUCUGCACGAUAUCUUUAAUGCUGUCAUUAAAGAAACAGGUUGUUUUGAGGGUUUGUACACGGUCGAGGAGCUAAAUUCUGAUAACAUCAAAGAUCGUGACGACAAGAUGAAGUUUCUGCAGAAGAUGAUUGAUGUUAUAAAAAUUACAUCGAAUAAACCUCUUGCUGUACGGACCUCAAAAAUAGUGGCAGGUCAAGAACCGGAAAAGACCAAUGAGCUACUUCAACUAAUGGGUGAGGUGAUAGAAAAGAAAUUAGACUGGAAAAAUGCUGUCGUAGAAGUUCUAAACAGCAAAGGGACAGUGAAGACAACAAAUACUACAAAGUCGAACGUCAAUGUUAAACCUAUUGAAAAAAAGAAUAAAGAUAAGGUUCAAGAAAAGUCCAAAGAUAAAGAAGGCAAACCAAAGGAUACCAAAGCGAAGGAUGUCAAAAAACUAUCUAAAUCAACCACGCCUUCGACCAAAUCUGAAAAACCGGUUAAACGAACUCCAGAACCAACACACAGAUCUACGGAAGUUCGCGAGAAAAAUAAGCACGGUAAAGUGAUGCUGGAAGUAUCUAAAGAUACAAAGAAUAAGGCUGGAAAGAAUGCUGAACAAUCCAAGCCUCUAAAGCAUAGAACUGACACUAAAUCUAAAAGUCCAUCGCCGAUAAAAGAAAAAGAAUCUACUGAAAAUUUGACAAACAUAGAGGCUACGAUCGCCCAAAAUACCGACUCCUUAGAAUUUGGACCGAAAGUAAUGGAGAGAGAAGUAUCGUCACCUAAUCAAAUUAGCUCAAAAGAAAAUCAGCGACGUAACAGCAAGGUUAUCGGUCAAGAAGUAAUGACGUCUAAAAAUUUAUUGGAUAGUAAUUCAACAAUAGGUAUGAGUACAAGGAUAAUGGACGCCUCCAUCGACGUUGGAAGUAGUAAUUUAACAUUGAAUAUAAAUACAGAGACUAUGAAUGGAUCAAAUGGUGUGGAAAGUCGUAAAUCUUCGGCGGGACCUAAAAGAGCAUCUGCAAAUAGUCGAAGAUCAAGCGCCAAAACAGCGUUACGUGAAGAGCUCGAAACUCAAAAACCAGAACCGAAAAACGAUAAGAAGAAUAAUAAUGAAAAUAUAGACGCGAAUAUAUUAAAGAAAACACUAGAUGAAACUUUGGAAGCGAAUGUGCGACAAAAGCAGGAAGAAGAACCUGUACAAAGUUCGGUCACACAAUCACAAACACCAAAAACGAUACAAAAGAAAAGUCCCACACAAACGCCAACUGCGGUGCCAACCCCAGCGCAAUCUACACCGGCCGAAGUGCGACGCGAGUCAACAUUUACACGUGAAAACUCUCGCGACAGCAGCAGCAUUAACACAACUAAUCGGCCACGGACUUCAUUGCGUCCACCGAGUGCACGACCCGCCUCAGCACGUCCCGGUGCGCCACGCAGACGCGAUCGUAAUGUAGAGAUAGUAUUGCAGCCCAACGAUCAAGUGAAAUUAUCCGGUAUCAACGUAAAAUUAGAAUCUUUCGGCGACUUAGAUGAUGACGGUGAGAAUUUAGUUGUUAUUGAGGAUGCCAAUACGGUCAAUAUUGCCGAAUCCGCGAAAGAAAUGAUGAGUGUCGAUGUUACCGACAUGGGAAGUAAAUUAGAACAACAGGGACAUCUAGUACAACAGAUACUCGAGACGCAAAAGGAAUUUAUGCAGCAACAAAAUGGAAAUAGUUCCGUCGAACGCAAUGAGAAAGAUAUAGAAUUGACCAACAAUUCAGCUGUACGUCAAAGUUCGGCGCGACAAAUGAAUAGUCUGCGUGACAUUAUACAAAAUUUGACCAAGUCGGUAAACCCAUUUGGCAAGUUAAUGGAUUUCAUACCUGAAGAUAUCGAUGCCAUGCAAUUGGAGCUGACCAUGUGGCGAGACACGUACACACAAGUGGCCAAUGAGCUUAGGCGCGAAAAAAGCCUCACUGAGUCAGCUACGGAGCCAAUGAAAGAACAACUUGUGCAAAUUGAAGCGAAUAUCAAGGAGUUUAUGGAAAUGAUCGAUGCGAGUCGUAUGAAAAUUUUGCAAAAUUCUGAAAAAAUAUUAAAAAUGCUUGCAGAACAAUAAAAAGACCGAAAAAUGUAUGUACGUUUAAGCAAUAAAUAAUAUACAUAUUCAAUGUUGAAAUCUAGUCCGUCGUGAAAA